UUUAGUUCGAACUAUUAUGUUGCGUGCAUGCCGAUUACAAGGAACUUGUAUUAUUUAUACAUAAGAAAUAUCGCAUCCAUUAUUUAUACAGUAAAUCAGUGCAUGACUCCAACAAUAAUAUUACACCUGUUUUGAAAAUUAUCAGCCAUACAUAGAGGCAGCCUGAUUGAAACUCGACUAGAUUGUUUUUUAUUUGUGUCAUUUCUGUUAUUUUGGUCUCAUCAUUCCAGCAUGACCUCGGCUUCCACGAAGGUGGGCGAGAUUUUCUCGGCUGCAGGUGCUGCAUUCACUAAACUGGGCGAACUGACCAUGCAGCUGCAUCCAGUGGCAGACUCUUCUCCAGCAGGUGCCAAAUGGACCGACACCGAGAUCGAGAUGCUGCGUUCUGCAGUUCGGCGCUUUGGUGAUGACUUGAACAGCAUCAGCUCAGUCAUAAAGGAGCGUACUGUUGCCCAAAUUAAGACGACAGUCAAAAGGAAGCUGUAUGAGGACAGCAGGGUCCCACUCAUUUCAGAGUCCCCUAAAAAAACAAUGAAGAAAACCACUGUAACGCUACCACCUACUCCAGCAUCAGUGGCCCCCACGGUUAUCACUGUGCCAACUUCUCAGGUUGUCGUGACAACAGGAUUGCAGAGUGCUCCAUCAUUACCCCCGGCGAUUAAGAACCCUAAACCAGCAGAUGUGACUCUGAGUGCUCUGAACGACUCUGAUGUGAACAGCGAUUUGGUGGAUAUUGAAGGGCUUGGAGAGGGCGCCACAAAAAAAACUAACUUUGACCAGGAGAGCUUGAAUCUGGACUCCAGUCUGAUAAUGAACUCCAGUGAUCUGCCCCUCCUGUCACGCUGACCAACAGCUGUCAGUCAUGUUGAGGUUAUGGUAUAGGGACAUCAAAAGAUUAUCAAGGACAGCUCGUGUGAAGAAGCAACAGUUUUAUCAUAUGCUUGUAAAAAUGCUUUUUAUGGAGCUGUAAAUGUUGCUGUUGGCACCUGUGCCGCUUUUCCACUGUGGGUCCAAAGAGCACCAGACCAAACCUGUGCUAGAUCACUAAAACGGCUGAAAUAUACUUUUAAUCUAUGAAUUAAUUUAUUUAGCUCUUAUGAUAAAAUCGGACCAUAAAAGUCAAAAAUUAGAACCUAUGGGGAAAAAAUGGUUAAUAUAAUGCAGUAUAUUCCCACAGUUGAAAAAAGAUUUGCAGGAUCGUGGUGCAGUGGUCAAACAGACAUACUCCUCCUGUACUUGUAAAUUAGUUUUUUACCUUUGCCUUUUUUGUAUUUUAACCGGCCCUUUUAGAUAAAAGUUAACUUCUUGGUAAAGAGUUGCUAAUUGUAGGGAAAUAUAGCAAAAUGCAAGCAAAAAUAUUUAGGGGAAAGAAAUGACGUUAUUUUUUUUAACCGCCACUUGACGCCAAGUGCAGCUUCUAAUGGAUGUAGUAAAUAGGACGAUGUGUGUGUGUGUGUGUGUGUGUGUGUGUGUGUGUGUGUGUGUAUAUAUAUAUAUAUAUAUAUAUACACAUAUAUAUUAUUUUUAACAUUGCUGACUAUUAA